AUGGAAGCAGCAAUGCGACAAAGGAAGAGUCUGGGUAUGGCCUUUACGAAAACAUACAAUUCGUUUUCGGCCAAACUCAAAGGCACGUGCUCUCGAGAUGACAAUAUGGUGGCAUUUCAGUUGUUACAAACCAAGACGAAGGAGUUGGAAGCGGUGUACGCUAUUUGCAACAAAUUUCUCUUCGAAUCAGAGGCCACUGAAGAUGAAAUCGCCAAAGAAUUAGAAGAUGUAGACGAAUACACUGUGGCAUUUCUGAAUGCAAAAAUGAUGGCUGAUGAUUUACAGGAAGUACGAACUGAAAACAUCCAAUCCGUGUUAUCAGACAACUUGCCCGGAGCAACUAAGGGGUCAUUGAAGUUACCACAAAUUGAGUUACCAAAAUUUAAGUGUCAUGUUAAAGAGUGGCUGUUGUUCUGGAGUAUUUUCAAAAAGAUCCACGAAGACAACUCAAUUAGGCGUGAGGAUAAAUUUCAAUAUCUCAUUCAAGCUACAUCACCGGAUUCGAGGGCACGUGAACUGGUUCGCAGUUUCCCCCCAACAGCUGACAACUAUGAUAAGGCGAUAGCAAGUCUCAAGAGUCGAUUCGGCCAAGACGAUAUUGUAGUUAAAUAUUAUGUUCGUGAACUGUUGGGAUUGGUUCUCCAAAAUGAACUUAAAGGAGGUCCAAAGGCAACACUUUCUGCAAACUAUGAUAAAUUGGAAGCAUACAUCCGUGCUCUAGACACUCUAAGAGUAACGACGGAGAAAUGUGCGUCAAUGUUAUAUCCGCUGGUUGAGUCUGCUCUCCCGGAAGAAAUUCUACGUGCUUGGCAGCGCAAUGGGCAGUAUCGCACCAUAGAAAAUGAGGGGCAUAAUAUGACAAGGGACAAGCUGACCAAAUUAUUAGAAAUGUAA